AUGUCGCUUUUCUGCGCAGAGAACCUGAGAGAAGCGCUGGAGAAGCUGAAGCUUGCAUCUACAGACAGCACCACGGACAGCACCGAGGGAAACCUGGACUGCCUGCUGAGCGCACUGGCCCAUAACAACACCGAGGCUAGCAGGAAGAUGCAGGAGAUGGGCAUUCUUCCCUUGCUCCCAAACCUGCUCAACCCACAGUCUUCCUGCACCCCUAAAGUUGCUAACAUCAUAGCUGAGAUGGCCAAAAACGAGUUCAUGAGGAGUCCCUGCGUGGAAGCCGGCCUCAUCCCCCCUCUGGUUCAGCUCCUAAACUCCACCGACCAGGAGGUUUUACUGCAAACCGGCCGAGCGCUCGGCAACAUCUGUUAUGACAGCCAUGAGGGCAGGAAUGCUGUUGACCUGGCAGGAGGGGCUCAGAUAGUAGCUGAACACAUUAAAUCCCUCUCCCAAAAUACCAACCCUGAAAAUGCGAGGCUCUUGACUGUCUUUUGUGGCAUGCUGAUGAACUAUAGCAAUGAUAAUGAUACCCUACAAGCCCAGCUGAUUAACAUGGGUGUUAUUCCCACCCUGGUGAAGCUGCUGGGCAUCCACUCUGACAACACUGCACUGACAGAAAUGUGUCUGAUAGCCUUUGGGAACUUGGCGGAGCUGGAGUCCAGCAAAGAGCAGUUUGCCUCCACCAACAUUGCAGAGGAGCUGGUGCGUCUGUUCCAGAAGCAGACGGAGCACGAGAAGAAAGAGAUGAUCUUUGAGGUUCUGGCCCCGCUGGCUGAAAACGAUGUUAUAAAGCUGCAGCUGGUGGAGGCGGGCCUGGUGGAGUGUCUGCUGGAGGUGGUGGGUCAGACUGUGGACGGCGAGCGGGAGGAGGACAUCGCCCAGCUCAAGACCGCCUCCGACCUCAUGGUUCUCCUGCUUCUGGGGGAUGAAUCCAUGCAGAAGCUGUUCGAGGGAGGAAAAGGCAGCGUCUUCCAGAGGGUCCUCUCUUGGAUCCCCUCCCACAACCAUCAGCUGCAGCUCGCCGGGGCUUUGGCCAUCGCAAACUUUGCCCGCAACGACGGGAAUUGCAUCCACAUGGUGGACACCGGGAUCGUUCAGAAACUUCUGGAUCUGUUGGAUCGCCACGUGGAAGAGGGAAACGUGACCGUACAGCACGCCGCGCUCAGCGCUCUAAGGAACCUAGCUAUACCUGUGGUGAACAAAUCCAAAAUGCUGUCUGCUGGGGUGGCGGAUGUGGUCUUAAAGUUUUUGCAGUCGGAGAUGCCUCCUGUCCAGUUUAAACUCCUUGGAACGUUACGAAUGCUCAUCGAUACUCAAGCUGAAGCUGCAGAGCAACUGGGAACCAAUGGGAAGCUGGUUGAGAGGCUAGUGGAGUGGUGUGAGGCUAAAGACCACGCGGGGGUGAUGGGGGAGUCCAACCGGCUCCUGUCGGCCCUCAUUCGACACAGCAAAUCAAAGGAAGUUGUCAGGACUGUGAUCCAGAAAGGAGGAGUCAAGCACUUAGUAACCAUGGCAACCAGCGAACAUAUGAUUAUGCAGAACGAGGCGCUGGUGGCUUUGGGGUUGAUAGCGGCGCUGGAUCUGGUUGCAGCUGAGAAGGACUUUGUGGGAUCCAGCCUGGUGUCGGUUCUUCACAAGCUGCUGUCAGAUGAAAGGAGCGCGCCGGAGAUCAAGUACAACUCCAUGAUCCUCAUCUGUGCCGUCAUGGGUUCAGAGCCUCUCAGUAAGGAGGUGCAGAGCCUGGCGUUUAUCGACGUGGUGUCCAAGCUGAGAGCUCACGAAAACAAGACUGUGUCGCACCAGGCCUCCCUGACGGAGCAGCGGCUAACCGCACAGAGCUAAAUGACUGUGUCCACGCCACUCCCAUGCCUGCCUGCCCACCUCACACCCGUCCCCCCACCUUCCCCCAUUGUGUCCCAUCGUCAUGUGCCAAGGUACCGCGUCGCGUUAACUGCCAGCCAGACAUCCAGCCCCCCCUCUGUCCCACAGCAUGUCCCACAGCCUCCACCCUAGAACCGUUUUCUAAGCCAAGAGCAACUGUAAUUUGUAAUUAUCGUUGAAAUAAAACCCAAUCUGCUCAUAUCCGAUAUGUUUAGGGUCAGGAAAGCUUCACAUACUUUACGUUUGAAAGCCAUAAAAAUGACCGAGGUGGCCAGUGGCGAGCUGGGGUCGGACCUCGGUGGACGUCCGAAGUUCCCACCUCCCGUGUGUGCAUGUCCGUUCUGAAGCUACAGACGAAGAGACGACGCUUGUUAAGACCACAGCUGUGACGCCCAUCGUAACGACGUGCACAGGUUUGUUUUUCCAGCCACGUCUCCUGGAGCUGGAUUAUAAUCCCAGUAGAACCAGUGCAUGUUUUUGUCCCGUUCGAGCUGUGACUGUGUUCAUUUUUUAUUGACCUACGCUCCCACCGGCUUCGUUCUCAACUCUUUGGCUCCUAAACCCUCGAUUCUUUCUAAGCCGCGGAUUUAGCGUUAGCGAGAUUUUAGCGUUUCAUCCCUUGAAGAAUGCUGGUGAAGAUUCUUAGUCGUCCAGGUCAUAGUCAUUCCAAAAAAAGUUAAAAAACAAUCCACUGGACUUUGUUUCCAAGUUUGAAGAUGUUUCGCUUCCCAUCCAGGAAGCUUUUUCUAUUCAAAAUGGCAGAAUUAGCGUCAUGUUCAAUGCUUUAUAGAGUGGACCAAAAACAAAGCCUUGUUUUGGCUUAAAAACAUGCAAAUUAAACCGGACGAACGGGUCCGCCCCUUUGGAAUGGGGGUCGUUUGGGUUCUUUGUUAGCCUGUAAUACCCGAUACCCGUCUAUGUCUCUGAAAGGCGGGUCGUUAGAAGGGAUUGUUGGCCUGCCUGAAUAUGCGAGGUCUUCUGUUCCCCUCUGUUUAAGGUUGGUUUUUCUUUCCUUCAUGCCCCUUUCAAAGCCCCCAUCCUCUCUGUCCACAAUGUGAACACUUUGGUCCUCAUUACAGGGGAUCAGCCAGGCCAACAAUUCCCUUUAAAGAACCCCCUUUCAGAGACAUAGACGGGUAUCAGGUAUAACUCUAAUAAAGCCUGGAACUUGACGCCAUUUCUGACAUUUUGAAUUGAAAAAGCUUCCUGGAUGGGAAGCGAAACAUCUUUAAACUUGGAAACAAAGUCCAACUUUUUUGGAAUCCCUUGAAGAGGAGUCGGGACUUCCCGCGGCUAAGUUUGGGUUUGCUACGGUCAUGUGAGCAGAGACGCCGGAGCUCUUCUCCUUGACCCAAACCCACCAGACUUCAUACCGUUGUCCGUCUUCAAUUUGUACUUCGUAGUUUCUCGGAUUUUACCGUCAGAAUAUCGACCAUAUGCACAUAUAUUAGCCAAUCCCCUUUGACCAAUUUAAUCAAUUUCAAACCAUGUUUACAGAAAGUUUUAUUAAAAGCUUCUAGUUGCAAAUCUAAAAUCUAUCAACACAUAGUGAAAUCUGUGUAAAAUGACUAUUUAUUACGCUGUGGAUGAAGCUCAUUUUUUGAUAUUUUGUAGAUAAUAGACGCUAUGAAAACCUAACGGAUUGGUUGUUGGGGGUUCCUGCUAACAUGCCCAUCUGAGCAUGUGCGACACUGUGCCGUCACUCGGUGUGUCCCCCGGCCUGGGCCCGCACUUCUUGUUUUUAAAGAUACAUUUAUUUAUCAGAUUAGUGAUCUACUCAGACGCGCGCCAGUGGAGACGUUUCCAUCGUAACCGCAUCAAAAAUAUUGUCGACAUACGUGUUUGUUGUAAAUGUUAUGAGUUGUACAUUUGAAGGACUCAACAGACAAUUAAAAAGAUAAUAGCUGGUGACGUGUGAAGUCUUUUCGUUUUUUUUUCUUUGUGUGUCUGACUUCGCAGGAUUUACUUUCAUUUAAUUUCAGGGAGAAAUCUGUGUUUGUAGAAUUCAGUUUCAUUUAAGGCAGGGAAAAAAUUAGCAAAACACAAAUUCCAAUUCACGAAUUCAGUUCCAAUUUUAGCCGCAUUCAUUUACCAAAGAUUAAAGCCUGGUUUAUGCUCAAAAACCGGGUCGUCUGCGUGUUUCGCAGUUAACGCAGAUAUACCCCCUUUCUGCAGACACUCUGGUGCACCUCCCUAAAAUUGUAGAUGACCACAGAUUGGUCAAAUCUACAUCCACUCUACACUAUGCGUAUUUCCCGUUUGGUACCUGAUGGCAGAAACUCUUAACCUGACUCCGCCAGA